AUGCAGAACCGCUGGUUUUCUGAUGGUUGUGCUUCCGGCCUGCAACCGCUGCCUCCCACUGCUGGUGGUAGUAUCUCGCCGCCUCCUCCUAUUCCCNCUGACCCCCCUGACCCUUCCUUGCCUUUAUCACUCUCCCAUUUUCCUCCUUUGAUUCCUACUGCGCUUCCUCCAACUAUGAAUUCUUCUCUGCAAACUGCUCCUUCAAAGGAGCCUGCAGUGUCUUCUCCAGUUGAGGUUAGUGCGUCCCUUACUACUGAUGUGGUCAUGAUGGAUUCUAUUUCCAGUUCACCUAUCUUGGCAUCAGAUCUGAAAACUAACUUGGUCCCUAAAAANACUGUUCCGGCUAACUACACUGUGGUUCAACCGAAAGCUUCCUCUCCUCUCUUUACUAACUCAGCCUCCUCAACACCUUCCUCACCUACUUCUCAACCUAAUCCCACGUCUUCAAAUGUUGAUAAGAUUGGCUCUUCCAAUCUACAGCCGCAAAACACUAUUCACCAAAACCCUAAUCCUGCUACAGUUCCCAAAACUGCUACAGCUCACAAAAAUUUGGUUGAAAAGCUAAGGUUUACUUCAGAUAAGACCCUCAAAAGAUUGGCUCCUGUAACCAUUNNUGCUUCAGGAAGACCACAUGUUGUAAUACCUGAUGAGGUAUUCCAAAGAGGGGCUGACCUCCAUAAAGACUUCAUUGUUUGCUACUUNUGUGGCAGAGCUCCGCCCUACAAACAAAUUNAAAGUGUUCUGAAUCACAUGUGGGGCAAAGGAAGGAAACUAGAAAUACACAUUAAUCAGUUUAUGAAUUCAAUGCUGGCAAAAAAUAUUGGAGAAACGUAUCUGGUAUAUUGGAGACUCAAUGUUCCAUGCUGCUCAAUGGGCUUCCCACCACUCUACNGAUACUCCNGCUAUGGCCUCUUUUCCAAUCUGGGCUCAUCUGAAAGGAGUUCCANUUGA